AUGAAGGCGGAGAUUGCUCAGUUUGUACAAAGGUGUCUUACGUGCCAACAAGUGAAAGCUGAGCAUAAAAAACCGUCAGGUCUAUUACAGCCUUUAGAGAUCCCUGAAUGGAAAUGGGAGCACAUAACGAUGGAUUUUGUAUCAGGGUUACCACGAACACAAAAGGGGCAUGAUGCGAUUUGGGUAAUAGUGGAUCGAUUAACUAAGACCGCACAUUUCCUGCCAGUAAAUAUGAAAUAUUCUUUGGAGAAACUUGCCAAACUUUAUAUGGAUGAAGUGGUAAGACUACAUGGGGUACCAGUAAGCAUUGUAUCUGAUAGAGACCCAAGGUUUGUAUCCCGAUUUUGGCAGAAAUUGCAAGAGGCUCUAGGAACUAAGUUGAAUUAUAGUACAGCAUAUCACCCGCAAACUGAUGGACAAUCUGAGAGAACUAUUCAAACUCUUGAGGAUAUGCUGAGAGCCUGUAUUGUGGACUUUGGAGGAGGUUGGAGUCAAUACUUAACCUUGGUUGAAUUUGCAUAUAACAAUAGUUAUCAUUCCUCUAUUCAAAUGGCCCCAUAUGAAGCCUUGUAUGGACGACGAUGUCGAUCUCCAAUCCAUUGGGAUGAAGUGAUCCGCCAAAGACUUCAAACAGCCCAAAGCCGACAGAAAAGUUAUGCCGAUCAUCGGAGGAAGGAUUUGGAGUUUGAGAUAGGGGAUAAAGUGUUUCUUUGGAUUACACCAUUGAAGGGAAAGAUUAGAGCAGGAAAAGGGAAAAAGUUGCAACCACGAUAUCAUCCGGAUCCGACUCACAUUUUGCCACCCGAAGAUGUUGAACUCGACGAGUCCUUAAACUAUGAAGAACGACCCAUUCAAAUCUUGGAUCGGAAGGUGAAGGACCUGAGAAACAAGCAGAUUUCUUUAGUAAAGGUUCUAUGGAAGCAUCAUGAAGUGGAAGAAGCAACUUGGGAGCUAGAAAAGGACAUGCAAGAAAAAUAUCCGACAUGUUCACGACGAAAGGGCAUAAGGAGAGACAUGGAGCAAGAUCAACAACCGCCUUCCAAAGACUAUACUCUGUUGUUCACCGCCAUGAGGCAUGAGCUCAAACGCAUUAGUGAGCAACAAAUGGAGGAGUUGCACACCCGGUUUGACGAACUCGCCAAGAGUCUCACCCCAGGCUCUCAUUCUGGAUCACGCAACCGGAGUAGCCGUGGCCUCAAAGGAGCACCCAGUGAGGACUACUCCGCCAGUGAAGACGACGAGCAACCCGAAAAGCCUCGACGGGACACGCCUAAGAACGAACUCAAGGGGCUUAAGAUUCAAUCUCAGUGUCCAAACCAACGGGUCAUGCUCAUCACUCACAAUGGCGAGAUCGUGUCUGAUGAUGACGAUUGUGAGGAGAUGCCCGAAUUCGUCAAAGACGACUGCCUGGAAGACGAGUCAGCUGAGGAAGAUUGCUCGCCUACCCAAGGAGAAGUAGGAGACAAGGUGUGCAGUCUCAUCAUCGACGGUGGGAGUUGCACGAAUGUGGCAAGCUUACUCAUGGUUGAGAGCUUAGGGCUCCCCACUACUAAACAUCCACACCCUUAUCGCCUCCAAUGGCUGAGUGAGGAUGGGGAGGUACGGGUCUUCAAGCAGGUACGCAUUCCCUUUUCCAUUGGCACUUACACUGAUGAAGUUAUUUGUGACGUCGUGCCUAUGCACGCAACCCAUGUCAUCCUGGGGAGACCCUGGCAAUUUGACAAAAACGUCACAUUCGACGGAAGGGCAAACAAGUACACCCUCUUACAUGAUGGCAAGCGCAAGGUCCUCACCCCACUUACACCUGCACAAGUGUAUGAGGACCAACUUAAGUUGCAAAGAGAGUGUGAGCAAGAUCGUCAAAGGAGGAAACCAAAGGCGGUCGACCCUGGCAACGGCUCCACUUCUGCAAAUGCGCCAUCGACUAUGUGA